AUAGGGAGUUAUAAAAAGAGUUCUGUCCUUGUCAGGUUGGUCGUCCUUCGCUCUCCCAGCAACUCUAACUGCACUCCCAACCAGCAAAACCCGGAACAUACUACCUCCGCCAUGUAUUCUCGCAACCAGGUCCUGGCGGCUCUUGCCACUGUCGGCAUCACCUCGGUGGACGCCGCCAUGGGUCCCGCACUGAGCACGGGCCCUGUCGCAUCUAACUCGUUUAUCCGCGAAGUUACUUCGACCCUUGUCUUGCCAAAGGGGCCCAGUGGAGGGUCUACCGAUGCCAUCACCUCCCUUUGGGUGGGUAUGGGCACCUCGAACGGCGACUUGAUCCAGUCCAUUGCCGACAAUUGGCAACAGAGUGACUGGACCAUGUAUGCCUACACUCUCAUGAAGACCGGCGACACCUCCCAGAUGCCACUGUAUGGUGAUGGUCAGGCCAAUGGAAACGAGGGAGAUAAGGUGACGAUGCACUACAAAUUCGACGAUGCCAGUGGAAACUACACACAGACACUCCAGAUCAACGGCAAGACUGUCUCGACUCUCUCCACGAGUGACGGACAGGCUCAGGGCUGGGGAAGCUCCGUUGAGUGCGCCGAGAACAACUGUGGCACGGUUGGCGCUCACUCCUGGACCGACACCAAGAUCAUUCUUGACGUUGCCGAUGCCAAUUAUAUCAACACUCUGGGCAAGGGUGAGGGAGUCACUGGAGGAGACAUGACCACCAGCGAUGGCGGCAAGACCUGGACUAUUAGCACCUUUGGCAUUCCGGAGCACACUUUCUCUGACUAAACAGGCCUCUGGAGGGCCUCCUGUAUAAAAAUUGUCUUUAAAACUCAAAGUAUUUUAACAUGAACCGGCCGAUCGUAGUCCAGGAUCGUCUGACGUGAGCCUGACU